UGGAUCCACGCGGUCCACAUCACCUUUGAUUUUGAAAGUGUCGAGAAAGUGAAUUUGUUGGAUGGAAUGUGUUGUCUUGUGUAAAUAAUGAGAGUUGGUAUGGUUUGUUAUGAGGUCCUUCUUGAAGAGUUGGAUAAAAUGAGGUAAAGCCUCAACGAUUCUUGUUUAUACUGUCAGCAGUGACCCGCUCAGUAAGAAUGUAGGAACGUCGGUUGGCAGUGCUCUUGGAGGUGACAGCAGUACAAACUGGUCAGCAGAAUGGCCAAGAAAGUGCCAGAUGAGCGGAGCAAGCUCCUGUCAUACGACCAUAUCUCUGAGAUUUCUCCGCUCGUCUCUCUGGGCAAGCUGCGCGAGGAGAUGGUCAGCGUGGUCAGCGAGGGAUUCUACGGUCAGUCGAGACCGUGCGAUGCUGACAUAGCCAAGUCGAUGGGCUUGAGCGAGGACACGGUGCAAGCACUCGACAAGCUGGCCAGUGUGGAGAACAUGGCCUACGAGGACCCUAUCAUUCCGAAGAACCUCUCCAACUAUACAGCGUUUCAGUUUGACAAGGAAGACAUCAAGCUCGAGACGUUACAGAAGUGCAAGAGCUUGUCCGCCGAGUUUCAGCAACAAAAUACCACUUUUGAACAACUUCCUAAGCAGACCCAACGACUACUCACUAGCCAAGUGAAGUAUAAGCUAGCAAGAGAGGACUUACGUGUUCAGGCUCCUGAAGUACUCAUCUCCUAUGCCAUCGCUGACACCAAGAGGCUUCUCGCCAAGUUUCCGAAACGCAAUCAGAUCCUGCCCUCUCACUUCAGCAAGGGUUUCACGAUCCUGGGCUCUCAGACACUGGAAGAUGUCUGGAAGAACUUAGCAUGUCCGUGUGAUGAGCGCUGUGUCGGUGAGCUGAGCUCCAAUCCCAAACGCCUCAACACUGUCAAAGCCAAGGAUGUCUACUCGUCAGCAAUGUUCUAUAUUGAAGGCAUUUUCUACAACCACAAGCCCACUGCUGAUGGCAGCGAUCUCAGCAUGCCUGUGAUAGACUAUAUAAAACGCAAGGAUAAGGACGUGGGAUAUCUAUGCCCGUCUAUUGUUGAGAAGGCAUCGGCGUUGAAGAAACACAACAGUCUGAAAGUGCGUCUCGAUUCGCUGAAGGUCCGCUUCGGCUUGCCAUACCUAUUCAUCCACCAGGGAGACUGUGAGCAUCUUAUCGUCUUCCGCGACAUUCGGCUCCUGCACCCUGCAGAUCCGGCUGACCGUUCCGUCUACCCCCUGCUCACGUCGUUGAAAAGGUUCAACAGCAUGCUCAGAGAACCGUGUAAUUGCUGCAAGGAGCUGAAUGCAUCGUGGAUGACAUUAGAUGACGAAGCAGCACCGUACUCGCCCUGUUUUUUCUGUGAGCACUGUUUUCUUGCACUGCACUAUGAUCAAAACGACAAGCCCCUGUGUUCAUUUCGAGCGUAUCACAGUAUUGACGAAGACCGUGGCUAUCUGGAGAGAUCAGGCUAUGGUGAAGGGGUGGAGCGGCAUGUACCGGACAUGAUACGCGCCUAUCACAGCCACCCCGACAACCUGACAAAGAGCAAGCGUGGCCGGGGCAGGGGCCUGCAGUAUCACACUCAUUACCCGGACAACGACGGAGUGGUACCAUGGCGACCACGCUUGCCCGUCAAACUCCGACAAACCCUGCUGGAAGACGGGGACCUUUCACCGCACUCGGAAACAAGCACGGACGAUGAAUUCGAUGACAGCGACAGUGAUCUCAGUGAUGGUUUUGAAGUUGUCUAUAAUGACCCGGACAAAACCUACGUGCCACGCGGGGGUACUUGUCCGAACACGCGGUCCAGGCAGCGUCUGACCAGUGUCGGAGCAAGCACCACGGAGGAGACGGGCGACGAAGAGGUGCGCAGCAUACUGGACAACACAAUGCCGGCGGUGGGAGCUAUGAUGCCAGCAGCCGCCGAGCCCUGGAUUCCCGGCGCCGCCGCCGACAACGAUACAUCGGCUGUUAAUGGGAACAUUGCCACGCCACCAUGCUCGCAGUCGGCCAGUGCUUUGAGCUGUCGUGUCUCCAGCAGCCGUCGCAAGUCAGUCCCCAAGAAGCUUGUCGCCGUGUACUCCUCCUCCGAUGCCACCACCGACAUGGACGAGAACGAAGACGAGGGCGUGGACGCGAGUGCGAGCGUUGAGAGCGGCGCACCACAGCUGGAUAGCCUAGCACUGCUCGCCGACAUGUGGUCUACACACGUGCCGGAAGCCAAGCCCAAACGCAAGCCAGCCAAGUUGGGAGCGGCGGCAGCAGCAGGAGCAUCAACACGACCACUGCCGCCCAGUGCUCAGCUGAGGAGAUAUGAGCCGCCCGCUAAGCGAUUGGCAACAACGAAUGGCGCUGCAGCAUCACCCACAGUGCACCGGUCACACGUUCCCGUCAAGGUGGAGUUCAAAGUGUCCGUGCCUGACGGAUCACCACCCCGUGCUGUAGCGCCGUGGAUACCGCGAUUAGUAGACGAUCCGGAGUGUGACGAGCCUGCUGCUGCUGGUAACAAUGGUGACUACGGUGCUACGGGUAUGGUUUCUGCUGCGGCGGUCGCUGCUCUUGUUGCCGCUGCCACCGGCUGCACGCAAGCGCCAGGUGUGUCUCCGUCGCCGUCGUCGCGGGGUCUGGGCAUGCCAGCGAAUGGCAACGCUGCCACCGGUAUGGUCAGGCCUACGACUGCUGGGUCGUGUUCCAGCGCGACCAGCGGUGCAACACGGCGUAAACCUGCCGCAGUUGCCUCCAAGAAGAAAUUGGCUGCCUCAUCGCCGACGACGACGACGCCCAACCGUUUUGCCACUUCUCCAGCGCAAUCACCGUGGGUGGCAUCGACGAUUGGCACGCCGACGGAAUCUGCUACGGUGACAUUCAGGACGCCGCAGAUCUCUGCACCAUCGUCGCCGAGUUUUUCGCUUCCCGGCAAUCUGCUGCGCCCGCUGUCGCCGCCAAUUGGUCCCAUAUCCCUGCCAACUUUGCCCAUGAUGGCUGCCCUGGAUCCCAUGUCACUUGCUGGUAGUACAUCUCCCUCAAGGCCACAAGCAGCGGCAGCACCAGCAGCAAAAGCAAGAGUGAAACCAGGAGCAAAGGCAGCAGCAAAAGCAGCGGCGAAAGCAGCAGCAAAAGUAGCAGCAGAAGCAGCAGCAGCAGCAGCAGCAGCAGCAGAGGAUACCAGUAUCCCGUCUAGGCGAUCCUUACGACAGGCACGUGCACGUUUUACAGCGAGCUAUGCAGAAGAAGAAGAAACGUGACAGCGUGGGUUCACAAGGCGGUACUCGGCAACAACCAGUUUUGCAUUACCGGUGAGUUUUCCUUCAGCUGCCAUGGAUAUUUGUACUUCGUAAGUUUUUGACACGAAGAAAUGAGAAAAUCUACUUGGUCCAUUCAAAAGCAGAUCUCUCUGUUCUGCUAGGAUUUUCCCCGCUUUUUGGUGUCUCGUACAUGCUGGCCCUCAGGUUAUUUGUGCUUUUUUCAGCCAUGAUAGCCCAGUUUUCACGCCCCGCAGGUGAAAUAGCAUAGCAGCGAUCUGGUGCACAUAGAUGACUGUUGUCUGUUGUGUGACUUGAGUAUCAUUGCACAAGGCAGCCUACUGUUCAGCCUUGUGUUACGACCGGCAGGCCUUGAAACCCUUGAACCCUUUUUUUAUUUUUUAUUAUUGAUAGGUUAUCAUUAACAUCCGUCUUAACUGCAGACCCACUCUUGUCAGCCUUAUGUCCAUUCGGAUGGACUCCCUACUUCAGACUCAGUUCAAAGUACUUUCACGCCGCGACGUUAUUGCACGGUCGAACUUUUUUUUAUGUCUGUCAUCUUUGUCCUUUGUCAACCAAGACUGCCUUAGUUUCUUCUUUUCUCAUCUCGUUUCUUUUUUCGCUGAUGUAAUAUCCACGACUGGUCGUGGUGCUAAUUUCUUAACAAUCCUCCUUAUGGACGCUCAACGUCAAAGUAUGUUCCGCAAUCCGCGGCGUUGACAUGCUGUCAACCUCUUUUUAUGUCUGCUGUCUUGGUCCGUUGUUACGGGAAACCAAGGCUGUUUAUAACUUUCUCUUUCCUUUCGUUUCUUGUCCCAGUGAUGUAAUUUCCACGACUGGUCGUGACGAACUUUCUUUCUGAUGUCCUACGCGAGGUUUGGUACACUGUCGUACUCUUUUAUACCUGCCGUCUUUGUCCGUUUUAACGGCAAGCCAAGACUGUCUUAGUUUCUCUUGCGUGUGGUCUCUUGUCCAACUUAUUUAAUUUCCACGACUGGUCGUGGCGCUUUUUUUCUCUCGAUUAUCCUGCCCUAUCCUUGUACUUGAGUUUUGUCGUUCCGGCUUGAUUGCCAUGACACUGAGUCUUUGUAACUAGA